AAGUUUUCUCUAUCACUUCCAGUCAUAUGAUUUGACGGUGCUUGUAGCACCGUUCUUGGUUUUCAUCAAGACAAAGGGAACUCUCUCUUUCAUUAAGUUUCUAGCUUCAAAGCCGUGCGUCUCCAGUUGCUCAUUCCUCAAUUGGGUGAUAGAUUCCUCCAAUUUAGCUGCCAUCAACUCUGCUGCUUGAACGUCGACUUCAUCGGACAAUCCGGUUUGCCUUUUCUGCUACUUGACUAGUUCCUAAAGCUUUUGUUUUUGGCUUUAUUUUCCUAUUUUUCACCAUCAUGGAGAAACCCGAUGUUACACAGCCUAUCUUUACUAUACUUAAUGGUUCAAAUUACAUGCUUUGGGUUCAAGGCAUGCGUAGUUUUUUAAAGGGAAGGAGAUAUGUUAUUUAUGAUAUCAAGCUUCCUGAGAAAAGUGUUGAGGAACCUGAUGACAAGUUUGUUGAUUGCCUUGAGGAAUGGGAUAGCAAAAAUCACCAAAUUAUUACUUGGUUCCGUAAUACCUCCACUCCAUCUAUUAAUCUCCAAUUUGGGAGGUAUGACACUGCUAAGGAGCCGGCAAGAGCCCCAGCCACCGCCACCCAUUUCCGGCCAGAAACAUCGGUAAAGCUUGGGGAUUUCUCCCCAUUUUCUUGUUCUAGAAUACCUAUUAAACCCAGAAUUUCCAGAUCUGUUCUGCUCUGCGUCUUACUCCCCUUGCUGUCCGUAAAUUGUUGGUGGGUGGGUGGCGAAAUUUUCAGGUUUUCUGGCCGUGAGCUUCUUCUCCAAAAUCCCGUCAGCUUCCAUGUUCGCCGAACCUGGCUUUUGCUUGCCGGAAAAUUUUGGUUCCUGAUCGUUCUGUCAGUUUAGCACUGAGUUCGAGUCUUCGGUUUUAUGUGAGUGAGGUAAGUAAAUUAUGAUACAACCCUUCGAUUUUAAAGCAUGUUUUAAAUUGUUUUUUUGAGAUGGUGGCAAGGUUUAAAUUGAUUUUAUCAGCAUCUGAGUGUGAUUAAGCUGAAAUGAAAAUUGUGAUGACUUUUAUGAAAAUUAUUAUUUUCUGGAAUUGAACAGGAUUGGAAUGAAAAUGAGAAUUUCAU